UCAAAGGUGGACUUAUAGACAGCUGGGCUCAGUUUCUUCAUCUAUAUGAUGGGUAUAAAUACUAGCUUCGCCAGAUAUUUGGAAGCUGAAUGACACAUCGGCUUGGGGACAUGGGGUGCUGAGUAUAGCCCCCCUCCAUGAUAGAGAAACCCAUGUCUCUUGGGGGACACAUGAUGCCUUCUGGGUCUCUAGGUGGUCAUACUCCAAGAAUAGAAGGGCUGUAGACCUGGCCCCCCUGAGCCAUUUUCUGCUUAUUUGGGGAUCUUAUCUUUCAAAUCCCCAGUGCCAUCCCUGCUCCAGGUUGUUUUCAGGUCCUACUCUGGCUGUGUGUCCCCAGCCAUAAGACAGGAGUAUUGGUGCUGGACCAGAUCUGCGCUGGAAGUUGCAGGGGUCCUGUGGAGCCUUCGGAGUAUGACAAGGGGCUUUCUGAGAACCGGGAUUUGCAAAGAGCACCAGAAUCAACCUUCUUUUCCCGGAAGAUUUGGGAACUCCCAGGGUGGGCCCCAGAGCCCCAGCCCUGUCUUGGCCUCUUCCACCCGCCCUAGCUGAGGUCCAUGGCCUCUUGCCAAUUUCAUAGACUUGGGUGUGGUAGCUGCAACUGGGUUAGGAGAGCAAGGACAGGUUCUGGAGGUCUCCUCUAAGUCCCUGCACUCUCUUCUGGCUCCAAAGGAGACACAGCUUCCUCUUGACCUCCCUCCUCCAUCCCCACCCUCACAGCCCAAGGCAUCACAGAUCCAUCUUUCCAGGCCAGCCCUGGGGCAGGUGACUGGACAACGCUGAGGACAGGCUGAGUGGAGGCGUGGGCCCAGCAAUGCAUCCCUCAGCCAAUCAGCAGCCUGCCCAGCCGGUGGAUUCGGUUACAAGCCCAAUAUCACCCCACACACCAGCCUUCCUCCUCCUCCUCCUGCAGCUCCAUUCAUUGGCCCCGACACCCAGGGUCUGCUGGGCAUCGCUUCCGCUCCAGCCUCAGCAGCUGCCUCGUGGGCAGCCAAAGGCAGGCAUCCAGGGGGCUUUGUCUGACCAGGCUGGGCUAGGAUAGAAUGGGGGUCCUGGGGAUACUUCUGGGGGUGCUGGCUUUCCUAGGGGUUGUUCCAGAAGGCUCCCAUACCCUCCACUGGGACAGUACUUCCUGCCAUUUGGUCCGGUCCAUCUCUGGUAGCCCUCUGGGCUCCCUGAGCUUCUUGGGCGAAGAUGCCCAAGGCCUGGCAUUAUUCCAGGCCCUCUGGGAUGCGCACCACAGGCUGCAGGUUUGUAUCAGGCAGGAUGAAUCCGAGCUCAUCGCAGCCUUCAGGUCUCUCUGUGCUCAUGAGCCCUUGCGGCACGCCUUCAUCCACACCCCUGGACCCGAGCUGCAGAGAGCACUGGCCACUCUGCAGAGCCAGUGGGAGGCCUGCCGAAGGUCUGAGGCUAGUCCCACGGGAGCCAGGGAGAAGCGAGCAACAGAGCACCGCGGAGCACCUGCCGGAGAGCACCAUCGAAGGAGAAGAGGCUGGACCAUUCCUGGCACGCUGUGGUGCGGUGUUGGGAACUCUGCUGAGAAUGCCUCAGAACUGGGUAUGUUCCACGGCCCUGAUUUCUGCUGCCAGGAGCACGACCAGUGCCCACAAACCAUCUCACCCUUGCAGUAUAAUUACGGCAUCCGAAACUUCCGAUUCCACACCAUCUCUCACUGCGACUGUGAUGCCAGGUUUCAACAGUGCCUGAGGAGCCAGGGUGACUCCAUCGCGGACAUCAUGGGCGUGGCUUUCUUCAACGUGCUGGAGAUCCCCUGCUUUGUGCUGAAGGAGCAGGAGACCUGUGUGGCUUGGCACUGGUGGGGCGGGUGCAGGACAUAUGGCUCCUUACCCCUUGCUCACCUGCAGCCCAGGACUUACUACAACGCCUCCUGGAAGGCUGAAGCCACCCCACUUACUCCCAGCCCCCAAAGCCCAGCACCCAGCUGGAAGAGGGGCCCACAGCAGACACCAGCCAGACACCACAGCACAACCACUGUCACUCCCCUCCAGACCCCUGCCAUCUCCUCCAGACCUGAUAUGAUCCCCAGAGGCCAGCCAGGAGUCUCCCAUCCGGGCCUCCAGGAUGGCCCAAAACAUCAAGGUGCCCACCGUGUCUGUCGAAGCCUUCGCCACCUGGACCAGUGCGAGCACCAGAUCAAGCCCCAGGAAACCAAGUUCCACCUGCUCAACAGCGCCCAGACACCCCUUUUCCAUUGCAAUUGCACCCGCCGUCUGGCACGUUUCCUGAGGCUCCACAGCCUGCCUGCAGACACCAACAAGGUUUGGGAGCUCCUGGGUACUACCUGCUUCAAGCUGGCCCCACAACUCGACUGUCCUGAGGGCAAAGGCUGUUCCAGAGACCACAGGGCCAUCAAGGUGUCAGCUCGGCAUUUGCAGAGGCUUUAUCGGAAUGGACUCCAUUUCUGGGAUAAAGGCACCGGGGAGGUUCUGGCACGGCCUUUGGAGCCCCCGGGGACCCUCAUGUCAUUCUACAGUCAGUGUCUGCAACUAACCCAGGCAAUCUGGAGACCCGGGGGACAGAAGAAAUUCUGGAGCUCAUGACCUCAGUUUCACCAGCCUGGACCUCCUUCCUGCUGUUGCUAUGUCCUGAGAGACUUGGUCUGUUCUUCGAGGAACAGCAUGGCUCUCAUAGACUACAGGAGGCUUGGUGGAAGGAACCUUAACGUCCGAAUGUUGGACCACAUCUCCUGCUGUACUGGGUGACCUUGAACUGGUGACACAACCCCUCUGUGUCUGCAUGUGCUGUUCAGAGGCUAUUCCCAUGCCUUGGGCUUAGACCUUGUCAGGUAACUUCAGACACAGAUAGAAAUGGGGGGGAGUGGCUGAUUGCAGAAGUCCAGGAGGUACCAGAAGCAGGUACCUGGGUGUCCCUGUCACUAGACCUGCCUCUCUGAGUCCAGCAUUUGACAGUGAGGCCUAAAGCUGCAGGUGAGAAACCAAGGAUACAAAAGAAAGGCUUGUUCUUGAAUCCAGGGUGUGCAGCGCAUUCCCACGUUCUCCCCCUUCUUUUAAUAGUUUCUGGGUCCUUCCUGGCCUGAACUAAUCUUUCUGUUCUAACUCUAAAUUGAAAUCUUUUCCGUGCCCAUGAGGAGUUAGGGCAAGGGACCUCCCUCCUCCACGCUGAGCCUUAGUUCCCUCCUCUGAAAAAGAGGGUAGGGGUGUCCUUAUCGUGUGCCUGUCUGAGUGAGGGCAUCACUGUAGCCCAGGCUAGCUUCUGCUAUGUAUAGGAAUACAGCCUUGAACUUCUGGUCCACUUUCCUCCAGCUCCAAAGUGCUGGAAUUGCAGGCAUACACCACCACACCAAGUUUUUAGGUGACACUGGGGAGGGAAACCGGAGUGUCAACCCUUCAACCUGCUCAAAGCAUGCUCCCGACUAAAUUACACCCCCAGCUUGAAAGGGGGACUUGUAAACAUGAACUACCUCAUAGGGGUGCUGAGGAAUAAAUGAAUCAAUAAACACGCAUACGCUCA